AUGGCCCCAGUCAAUUUGUCCCACCGGCGGACACACAAUCUACUCUUGAUCUCGAAACUCCUGAGUCUGCGGGAUACAGCCUCGCCUCUCGCGCUGCUUUUAGACUCGUUGGAGCAGCCUGCAUCACCCCUCAUCCAAGAGUAUAUCAGACGUGCCAAGCUAUCUAAGGUGCACGUCACCCUAAUCGCAUUUGAGACGUUAAAAUGCCCUGAAGGAUGCGAUGCAUUUGUAUCAACUCGUCGCAAGAGCCCAGCCGAUAUCAUUAAAGAAGUAGCUGCGGCAUAUCAGCCGAGUCCGUCAACGAGCCCAUUUCAAAGGCGUCUCAUUAUAAUCGAUGCCAUCAACCCACUUUUGAGCUCAAGGGGCUCGGACCCAAGUUUCCAUCUACCUUCUUUUCUCGGUGCUUUUAUCACACCGACAAAUCCAGCAGCGCCGAAGUCAGAUGCAUCCCUGGUGGUGACAUAUCACCAAGAUGUCCCGGGGAUUCCACCACAGAAUCCCUACCUUCCAUCAACUUUCUCCAUUCUUACAUAUCUUGCCACCAGCAUUAUCACUCUCCAUUCAUUCUCCCAUAUUUUGGCGCAGAAGGCCGCUCGGGACCGCAGCCUGGUACCUCCCGUCUUUGGUCUUGAAGAAGAGCAAGAUGGCGUUCUUCUUGGCCGACUCGAUAAACUGGGUGGCACCGGGGCUACUGAGGGAAUUGUCCUUGAACUAGAGCACCGUCGAAAGAGCGGCAGAGGUGUUCUGGAAUGGUACCUCCUUCCCCCGGCAUCCCGGUACCCUGCAACCCAAGUCAAAGAGAUUGUGACCCUUCUUGAUGACAACAUCCUAUACAAUCCACCUGUGGAGAGCUAUGGGGAUGACGAUGAAGAACCUCAAUCCACAUUCGAGCUUGGUCUCACUGAUAGACAGAGACGCGACCGAGAGGGUGUUGUUCUGCCAUACUUCGAUGCGCAGCAUGGAGAUGGCCCUGGCGAAGGAGGUCGGAUUCUCUACGACAUGGGCGAGGAAGAUGACUUUGAUGAAGAGGAAGAUGAAAUCUAG